AUGGCUCUGGAGAGAACAACUUUAUUACAACAAUUAUCAGAAUAUCCCAUUUCCACAGCCAGAUCAAUUCUACAACAAAGCAUGUCCACACCCACAACAACAACAACCACCGUCUUUGACACCAUGGACGCUGCCGCUGCGGCCGGAGCAGCAUCUGCAGACCCAGAACUUAGUGGCCUCCCUACCAUUACUACUUCUACUAGUGGAUCUCCAACCAAUAGCACCCUAUCUUCAAGCAACACCUUCGGGGCAGUUCCCUCCACUGUGCUAUUCUUUGUUGCAAUCUCAGUUGGAGCAGUCAUUGCCUUAUUCUUUGUAUAUUUCACCCUUCGAUAUUUCGUGAGGUCAAAAUAUGGUUUAACUGCCUAUUCAUUUGCCCGGAUGACAUCCGGAGCAAGUGUAGGUGGCAACAAUAGUGGAGGAGAUGAUACCGAUGGAAGUGGAAGUCGGUUUGGGAUCCAGAAUGGAGUCGUGAUCCUACCGGAUGGUUCAAGGGCUUCAUUGACAAGUAUUCAUUUAUUAGCUGAACAAUUGGAUUAUAUUCGUGGAAAUCAAUUUUUAAGAAAUAUUGCCAUGGAAAGUCGGAUGAGUCAGGAUGAAAUACGGCGAAGAAGAAGAAGAUUAAGAAGGAGAAGAAGAGGUUAUGCAAAGAGGAAGAAAUUGAGUGAAGAAGAAGUUGAGAUUUUGUUUCCUAGAAAGAGUUAUUAUGAUUGGUUGCAUGGUGGUCAAGAACGGGAUUCUGAACAACGUGAAGAUAUGUUGAAAGAAGAAGGAACAUUGGUGGAUGCAGAUGUAGAAGAAGGGGAAGAGGAUUCAUUGGAAGAAAAUCAACAAACCACUAGAGUCAAUGACCAUAAUGAUGUAGAUACAACUGCCGCAGUUGAUGAUGAAGACACUCAUAGCAUGCAUAGCACAAUCACUAUCACAAGAAAUGAUACUACGCCAGCAAACUCCUCCAAAGCCGAAAUAGACCAUAUUCAAACCAAUUUGGAACAAGAUCUAGCUACAACUGAUCAUGUCACCAAUGUCAGCAGUAACAAUGACACCACUAAAGAAGAAUUACAUUUCACGUCAGGAACGUGUGCUAUAUGUCUUGAUCAAAUUGAAGAUGAUGAAAUUGUGCGUGGAUUGAUUUGUGGUCAUGUAUUCCAUGCAGAAUGUUUAGAUCCAUGGUUGACGAAAAGACGUGCAUGUUGUCCUAUGUGUAAACGUGACUAUCUCUUCAAAAGAGAUCGUGUUGGAGGCAAUGACACAGCCAGCGACAACAACAAUGAAGAUGCCAAUUCCAAUGAAAAUAAUAAUGAGAAUAAUGACGAUGAUGAUGAUGCAUUCAGUUUUGAUCUUGAGGAAAUACGUAAUGACCCAGCAUUUCAAACCAUGUUGGCGGAGUUAAUCCCCCCUUCAGAACGCGUGCGGAUGAUUUUGGAAAAUCCGGAAUAUUCCCAAUUGAAUUUCGAAGAAGAUGCAAGAGCGAUGUCAAGUAAGAAAUAUGGAGGAUUUCCGAAAUUGAUUUGGUGGAGACUAAUGGGAAUAUCAAAAGAGGAUUUAUUUAAUUGGGCGGUGUUGACUUUAUUCCAGCAAUAUCGUCAAGAUCAUCCUGAAGCUCCGGCUGAUGCUACUACUACCAAUGAGGAUCAAGAAGCUGCCCAACCCCAGAAUGAAAGAGAGAACGGAAAUAAUGAGGAAGGAGAUGUUGUUAAUGGCAACACGACUGCUUCGACCCCAGAAAUGGUUGAAAUGGAUAUUGUCGAAGCUGAUAGGCGUUCUAUAGUUGAAAAUAGAGUGUGA